CGAAUUUUCAUCAUUAUCAUUAUGGCGACCAAACGAAAACGAACUGAACUUGAUGUAGCAAUGAAACUCCGAUUGAUCGACGACAUAGAGAGCGGGAUGAAACGAAUUGAAGUAGCUCAGAAAUAUGGUGUGGGGAAAUCAACGCUCAGUGACAUCUACAGGGCCAAAGACAAAUGGAAAUCCAAAAAGGAAGAAAGUACAGGGGCGAAAUUUAGAUUUGUGAAAACUAAAUUUAGCGAUUUGAAUCAGUUGAUGUUGGUGUGGUUCCGGACAGCGAGGGAUAAGAACAUUCCGAUUAGCGGACCAUUAAUAAAAGCAAAGGCGACGCAAUUUGCAGAACAACUAAACAUAACCGACUUUGGAGCAUCUGAUGGAUGGUUAACAAAAUGGAAACAACGAAACGAAAUCAAACAAGUGGCGGUAUGCGGUGAAAGUGGGGAUGUUGACCAGACCAUUGUAACUGAAUGGAAAAGCAAGAUUGCCGAUUUAUGUGCUGGUUACCAACCUGAGGAGAUAUUCAACUGCGAUGAAACAGGCCUGUACUUUAGAGCACUACCAGACCGCACCCUAGCUGAGAAGCAAGAUGAUGUGACCGGAAUUAAAACUUCCAAAGACCGGAUUACUGUGAUGUUUACGUGCAGCAUGGCUGGUGAAAUACUUAAACCUAUGGUAAUUAACCGUGCCGAAAACCCACGAUGCUUUAAGAACAUUAAGAAGGAUCGACUGCCUGUUGUAUGGGAAGCAAAUCGCAAAGCGUGGAUGACUGGGGCACUAUUCAUUCUCACGCUAAGGCAAACCAAGCGGUCCCAACAUAAGGCUAUCGAUUUCAUAAAAACAAUUGCGCAUGACACUUUGACUGUCACCUCUGUCUGUUUUCUAUUGGCUGACGCAGUUCAGGGGGCGCUGCAUAAGUUAGCAUUUAUUUUAGCAUUCAGUGAUGCCAGUGGCAUCGAAAACCAAUCAAGCGUGCAACCACCUUGAAGCGAAGUAGAUUGGCGACCGAACGAAAAAUAACACUGACACUUAUUAUAAAUUACGAUACAGGUACACAUUAAGUUGAUUUGUGUAAACUUUUAUUGAUAAUAGACUCCGACACAAAGAAAUACGUACGUACAACAUAAGUAAUGUAAAAAUAAAGUAAAACAUGAAUUUUAAAUGACGUUCUCAAGUCAGUAGGCCUACACGGUACAUGAUGCUGUGUGGUGUACCUGUAGUAGUAAAACCAAUUUCAGAAAAAUAAUUAUUGAAGUGAAGUGUCAUAAACAUAAUUAUCUCCAAUUUUCAAAACAUUGGGGGUUUUGUUAAAUUGUUUACCAGGUUUUAAUACUGAAUUUAUCAUUUCUCAAACUUGUUUAAUGUUUGUUUUAACUUGAUCAUUU